UAAUCUCUCGGGACUAACGACAGAGUUGUCGGGGUUCCUGUCUUGAGUCAAUCGUUCUGAGUUUUAGUUGUUGACAGUUGGAGGUUCGGCCGAUUCCCUGCGUAACCUCACCCUCAAUCGUCCAUUUAACAUCUACUGUCCCAGGACUUGACAACAAAGACACAGCGACCAUGGCGGUGCUCGACAGCCUCAAGAAACGUUUGAAGAAACGUUUGCAUUCAGCAGCACCCGUGUCUGCGGUCCAGGAGGCUGCCAUACGGCCUAAGAGUCGGGCAGAGGACCAUGGCCACGACCAUGAUGAUGAGAAGGGACAGGUGUCUGCACCCGUAGAUCCAGGUGUACAGACGAUUGAAGCUGCUAAAGCACUGUGGGGCAGGCAUGGUCGGUGGCUCAUCAUCGCCGGUCUUGGGCUCGUCAUGACCAUCUACGAAAUCGACAACUCAACCGUGUACAUCUACAACAACUACUCAACUUCAUCAUUUGGAGCGCUUUCCAAGUUGGCGUCUCUCAGUGCAGCGGGCUCCAUCAUUUUCGCCAUUGUCAAGCCGCCCAUUGCGAAAGUCAGCAAUGUCAUCGGCCGAGGGCAGACAUAUCUACUCACCAUCUCUUUUUACAUCCUGGCGUAUAUCUUGAUGGCGUCGGCAACGACAUUUAAUACGUAUGCCGCGGGUACCAUAUUCUAUUCUGUGGGUCAGAGCGGCACCAACAUCAUGAACGACAUUGUCAUUUCGGAUAUCACGACAGCACGGUGGCGUCCCUUCGCCAUCGGUCUCACCUUCACGCCGUUCCUGGUAACGCCGUGGAUCGCCGGCUUCAUAGUGGCCAGUGUGGUGUCGCCUACGGGCAUCGGUUGGAGAUGGGGUAUCGGCAUGUUCGCCAUACUCAUGCCCUUCUGCGCCAGCUUCAUCAUCACCACCCUGCUCUACUAUCAAGCCAAGGCCAAGAAGGAGGACCUAGCCCCGCGCGUCAAGAUAGGCAUCGUCGAGUUCUGCUCCCAGAUCGACCUGGGUGGCAUCAUACUCUUCAGUGGAGGGUUGGCUAUGAUUUUGGUACCCCUGACCCUGGCUGCAACGACAUCGGCUCGGUGGAAAACGCCCUACCUAGAUGCCUUGAUCGGCAUAGGCUGUGUGCUCCUGAUCGCUUUGCCCUUCUACGAGAAGUUCAUGGCCAAGCACCCCAUCGUCCCUGUGCGUUACUUCUUAAACAGGACCAUUGUUUGCUGCCUUAUCCUCAUCGCCGUUGACUCAUUGGGCUUCGCCUGCACGCACACCUACCUCUAUGUCUGGGUCACCGUCGCCAAGGGGUUCGCCGCCCGCGACGCCACCUUCUUCACUUAUACCAACGGCGUUAUGCAGUGUCUUACCGGAAUCCUCGCCGGCUUGCUCAUGGGCCAACUGCGGCGAUACAAGUGGAUAGCCGUCGUCGGUAGCGUUGUACGGCUGGUCGGCUACGGCGUCAUGUUACGUCUGCGCGGCGCUGAAAACUCGACCGGUGAGAUCUACGUGGUUCAGCUGAUUCAGGGUCUUGGAUCGGGAAUGAUCCAGACUUGUCUUUUGGUACCCGCACAGAUCGUCGUAAUCCAUGCCGAGAUGCCCCAGGUCACCGCCUUGGUCAUCUGCUUCUCAUUUGUCGGUGGCAGCAUCGGUGCUUGCAUUGCUGGUGGCAUUUACACAAACACUCUCGUCCCGGCACUGUGGCGAUACAUGCCUGACGGGACUCAAGCAGCUGCUAUCAAUGCUCUGGCCAACUCGAUUACAGGAGUUGUGCCUGACUGGGGCACAUUUGAGAGGACGGCCAUUGCUUUGGCGUUCUCUGAUGUCAUGAGAUACACGACUUAUGCUGCCCUCGGGGCGUCCGUGAUUGGGCUCGGGUUCGCCCUGUUGUUGCCCAACUUUGUGCUCCCUGAGAAAAAUAAUUUGGUUGAGGAGUAGAACGCGUGUGCGAGUCGAUGUUGGUGGUUUAAACCGUUUCGGACAUGAUGCAAUUAUUUCAGAAUCCAGUUGUGAUGUUCGCGUCGAGUGGGAAGUUAUGGAUAAUACAAAAAGAGAGCUGUGUUUGUAAUGGUAUUGAUGAUUAUG